AUGCACGUCCGGCGCUGGCAAAGCAUCAUUCAAGACACCCUCAAGGAAAACCAGCGUCUCAGAAAGUCUUGGUGGCCCGUGGCUGAGAUGCAAUUUGGGCCGUUGCAAGCCCAAGAAGCCGGACGCUUCAGCCGCGUAUACUCCGAGUGCGGUUUGUUCAAGGAAGCCUCGCAGCUUCAAUGGCAGAUCCGCAAUUUUCUCGUCAGCCGCUUGGGUGAAGAAAACAUGCUCACCCUCCAAGUAACCAUGUUUCUCUCCGGCACGCUGUGGCAGCUGACUCAGUCUAACCAAGCCACGGAGCUGCUGCGUCGCGUCUACAACACCUAUCACGACGGGCUCGGCCCGGACCAUCCCAAGACGUUGGAGGUCACGGACAAGCUUGGGUUGAGCAUCUGGCUUCAAGGCCGCUUCAGCGAGGCGCUCGCUCUGCACGUCAAGGCCAUUGACGGUAUGAAGAGGGUGCAUGGUGACCUGCACGUCGGGACGCUGACGGCCAUCAACAACGCCGGCCGCGUCCACCGCCGGCUUCUCGACUUUGAUAAGUCGGCGGAACUACACGUGCACGCACUAGAGGGACUACGGAAGCUGCAUGGCAACGACACGAGCCAAUUGGCCCUUGAAUUCAUCGAAGACCUCUGUCUCAGCCGCAUGAUGGGCUAUGGUCACACCGACAAGCUUAUCCUGCAGGACUGCCACGACAAGAUGGAAUACGUGCUGGACCAUCGCAAGCGACUGCUCGGCAAGGAGCAGCCGUACACGCUACUAGCCAUGUGCCACCUCGGCAGGAUCAAGUCUGCAAUGGGCCGCCACGACGAAGCCAUGCGGAUGAUGAAGCUCGCGCUCGACAUCGCUGAGCGCAACCUCGACGAGGCACACAUUGGGCUGCUGGCGGGCAAGACGUACUACGCGCAAUCGCUCGCCCAUGCAGGGCGACUCACCGAGGCCGAGACGAUUCUUCGGUCCGUCGCGGAGAAGAAGAAGUACCAGGAGACGACGGGCGAAGACGGCGAGCAUCCCGACCGUAUCUUGACCCUGUGGUAUCUGGUGCGAUGUCUGGAGAAGCAGGACAAAUAUGAAGAGGCGCUGGAGAUAUGCCACGCCCUCGAGCAGAUCCUGUUGGUGAUUGGCGGCCAUAAUCUAGGGUCCAAGCACAAGUUUGCUGGUAUCCUGAGGGACGGUAAAGCUCGACUCACGGAGAAGAUGCAUGGGAGCACAAAGGUCUGGGACGUAGAUAACAUGCUGUUGUGGGAGAUAUAA